UGACCGAGCAGGAAGAUCUACUAAAGUAGCGAAUGAUCAAGGGCUAGACCAGAGGCACACAUAUAUACGUCCUGCAAACUAGCUGGCUGUUGUUUUGGUGUUCCCUCAUUAAACAUGGCUUGGACGAAAUACCAAUACCUGCUCGCCGCGAUGAUGCUCAUAACGGGGUCGAUCAACACACUGUCCGCCAAAUGGGCUGACUACUUCUCAGCACCGGGGUGCAACAACUCACCAGAACACCACUUCUCCCACCCCUUCGUACAGGCCGUGGGCAUGUUCCUCGGCGAGCUCAGCUGUCUGGUGGUGUUCCACAUCGCCCUGUGCCAGGACAGGCGUCGGCCGGAGCCCAGAAUUAAUCCCGGACAGGCCUUCAACCCCCUCAUCUUCCUCCCCCCCGCCCUGUGUGACAUGACCGGCACCUCCAUCAUGUAUGUGGCCCUGAACAUGACCAGCGCCUCCAGCUUCCAGAUGCUGCGGGGGGCGGUGAUUAUCUUCACUGGCCUGCUGUCCGUGGCCUUCCUGGGGCGCCGCCUACUGGCCAGCCAGUGGAUCGGCAUCCUGGUCACCAUCCUGGGGCUGGUGGUGGUGGGGCUGGCAGACUUCAUCAGCGGAACCCGGGACGAUUCGCACAACCUCAGCCAGGUCAUCACAGGUGACCUCCUGAUCAUCAUGGCGCAGAUCAUCGUGUCCGUGCAGAUGGUGCUGGAGGAGAAGUUCAUCUACAAGCACGACGUGCACCCCCUGCGAGCUGUGGGCACUGAAGGUCUGUUUGGUUUCGUCAUCCUCACCCUCCUGCUCAUUCCCAUGUACUUCAUCCCUGCGGGCAGUUUGGGGGGGAACCCCCGGCAGGUGCUGGAGGACGCCCUGGACGCCUUCUGCCAGAUCGGGUACCAGCCGCUCAUCAUCCUGGCGUUGCUCGGCAACACCGUCAGCAUCGCCUUCUUCAACUUCGCCGGCAUCAGCGUAACCAAGGAGAUGAGCGCCACCACGCGCAUGGUGCUGGACAGCCUGCGCACGGUGCUGAUCUGGGCCGCCAGCCUGGCGCUGGGCUGGGAGCAGUUCCACGGCCUGCAGGUCCUGGGCUUCCUCAUCCUGCUGACGGGAGCCGCGCUCUACAACGGGCUCCAUCGCCCCCUGCUGGCCCGGCUGCCCUGCUGCGCCGCGGAGCCCGAGGAGGGCGACGCCGCCGAGAGGGAGGCGCUGCUGUCCGGGGGGCGGGGCUCCGUGAACGAGGAGAGCUAGCCGGGACUCGGCUCGGUUUUGUUUUCGGGCUGGAGUGCCCCCGCUGGAGGCGCUCCUGUAAUGGUUUAUGGUUUUAAAUAUUCGCAUUUUUGUUUUAUUGGACCCCUCGGCGUGCCGAAACGCCGGCGUUCGCCUCCUCCUCUGCCGGGCUCAGACUCCCGCAACGGCGGAAAGGCUUCGGAGAAAACGCCUCAUUUUAAUUCUUUUAAGGAAAAGAAGGUCAUACUUCUGCAGAUGCACCAGUAUUUUGGUCUUUGCUGUAUAAGUACAGGUAAAGGGUACGCACUCGUCUUUUAUUUCAUUUUUUUAAUUGAUAGUGUUUUUAGCCCGCGGUGAGUACUUGUGGGAAAUGAGGUCCUCUGUGUGUCUGUUUAGGUCUGGGCCUUUUUAAAGCGGUGGUUUCAUGUUGUGUGUAUUUUUAAACCGGUGUCUUUCUGUGUCUUAAAUGGCGGGUAUCCUUCUGUGACAGGCCUUUCCAGCCCAACACAACACGCUUCUCAGCACUGCCUUUUUCUUUUCUAGUUCCUACUUCUUUUUAGAGCAACGACUAAAAAUAUCUUCACAGUGUCUUUUUAAACAUCUUUUGGUACUACUUUAUCCUGUGUCUUUUUGUGAGGGAAGGGAAAUGUGUUUAUUUUUUUUUGUUUGUCUGAUCUCACGAAUCCAGCUUGGCCACAGGGCUGAAAGAUGCUGUGGUGGUGUUUUUUAAGGGAAUCGUGGUUUUCACGGACAGAAAUAUCUCUGCAGAGGCACGGGCUGUUCUGUUCAGGGCUGAAGGAGGAAAAUCACUGUAAUUCCACGUGAUGGACAUUCAUUUUUGGGUUGGACGUGGAGGGCAGAGAGAGAGCUGCAGCCAAGGCGCUGUUGGCCCACGGGCCGAGCCUUCCUCCUUCGCCGGGCUGGGGAUUUUCCCGCCCAAAGCCUCCCUCCUCCCUCCCUCCCUCCUCUCCUUUGCGGUGGUGUUCGUCUGACACGCUAGGGCCUGACGCGCGGGGAAAAGGCCCGAGACGCUGUCUGAAAAUGUUUAUUAGGAGCUAAAUGUAUUUUUAUGGGAAUUUUAGAGAGCAAUAAUUUGUGAGUCCUGCCUCAUCGGUAGGCCGUACGGUUGGCCUGACUUGUAGCAGGCUGUACAGCUGAUCGCAUUAAAUCCUUUUCAGAAACA